CCUACGCUACAUCAUCCACCCAUCCAUCCCACGUCAACAAAGAAGAGAGAGUAGGAGGAGAAACAGUGAGAAGAGACAAAAAACACCAAGCAGAGGACAGGCAAACAUCCUGUUGAACCACAGAGAGAGUGAAGACAGACAGACAGACAACCAAGGAAGAGUUGAACCACAGAGAGAGUGAAGACAGACAGACCAACAGACAGACAUGCUCUCCAAAGUACAGAGAUCCUUCAGACCAGUGUCUGUUACACUGAGACGACUCCACCAGUCAGCCCUGGAUGUGGUAGAGCAUCCAGCCCCAGAGGACAGUGUGACAGACAGUUUUGGCAGGUUCAUCCAGGGUGUCCAGCCCCACCAGCUGACCCCCACCCUGCUCCACCGCAGUAAGAGGAUGGUCCUAGACUCCAUCGGAGUGGGACUUCUGGGCAGCACCACACAUGUCUUCCAGUUGGCCCUGCAACACUGUCAGCACAUGUACGGUCCUGAUGACAUCAGCAGUGUAUACGGACGCAGAGGAACCAGACUCUCCCCAACCCUGGCUGCCUUCGUCAACGGAGUGGCCGCCCACUCCAUGGACUUUGAUGACACCUGGCACCCUGCCACUCACCCGUCAGGGGCAGUCCUUCCUGCCCUGCUGGCGGUCAGCGAUAUGCUGCCCAGUAACAGCAAGCCUAGUGGGCGGGACUUCCUGCUUGCGUUCAAUGUGGGUAUAGAGGUCCAGGGACGACUGAUGAGAUUCUCCAACGAGGCUCAAAACAUCCCCAAGAGGUUCCACCCCCCUACUGUUGUGGGUACUCUGGGUAGUGCAGCAGCCUGCGCCCGCCUCCUCUCUCUGGAACGCUCCCAGUGUAGCCACGCCCUGGCCAUCGCUGCCAGCCUAUCAGGAGCCCCCAUGGCUAACGCCGCCACCCAGUCCAAACCCCUCCACAUCGGCAACGCGGCGCGGCUGGGGCUUGAGGCGGCUCUACUGGCCUCUAGAGGUCUGGAGGCCUCACCCAGGGUCCUGGACAACACCGCCGGGGUCGCAGGGUUCAGCGCCUUCUACGAGGACUACGCCCCACGACCUUUGGCCUCCCCAGAGGAAGAGGGGUUGCAGUUCCUCCUAGAGAACCAGGAUAUAGGGUUCAAGAGGUUCCCGGCCCACCUGGGGAUGCACUGGGUGGCCGACGCUGCUGCCGCCGUACACAAACUGCUGCUGGGGGAGCAGGGGUCAGGGGGGAGGGGUCACGGGUCAGGGGUCGUAGGUCAGGUCCAGGACAUCCUGCUCAGGGUUCCCCGCUCCAAGUACAUUGAUCGUCCGUUCCCGGAGUCGGAGCAUGAGGCCAGACACUCCUUCCAGUUCAACGCCUGCUCUGCUCUGCUGGACGGAGAGGUCACCGUGGACUCAUUCUCCCAGGAAGCACUGCAGCGCCCCGACCUCUACUCCCUGCUGGGGCGUGUCCACGUUGAGCAUCCCCAUGACAACCCCGCUAACUUUGACCGCAUGUACGGCGAGGUGCAGGUGACGCUGGUGGGCGGGGACGUCCUGAAUGGACGCUGUGAUACUUUCUAUGGUCACUGGCGUAACCCGUUGACCAAUGACAGCUUGAGGAAGAAGUUCCGUAGCAACGCUGGGGCGGUCCUUCCCAGAGAGAAGGUGGAGGGUCUGAUAGAGGCUGUAGAGGGACUAGACAGACUAGAGGACUGUUCUCCUCUGCUGGAGCAGCUACAGUGACCACACACAGAGCUACAGUGAUCACACACAGAGCUACAGGGACCACACACAGAGCUACAGGGACCA